GAGGAGGUCUUCUUCUGAUCUAUCCUCGCACAGGACACCAUCUGUCGCUUAUCGUCGUUGGAAAUAUCUAAUAUCCAACAUGAUAUGUGAUCCGAAUCCGACAACGAAGGCAUCCAAAGCGAUGUUUGGACACUGAGAUUUCCUGUCGGAUUCGGGUUUUAGGUCACCUUUUGACUCUUGCGUAGAUCACAAGUUCGCGUUCAGAAUCUCUCUCGCACUCGCCUGAUGCUUUAAAUCUUUCUCGCGUUUCCUCCGUGGAAUCCAAUACCUUGCCAUGGCGUCUUCUUCCUCAACGUUUGCUCUGAAGGAGGUGCUGGGCGAGCUCGAUCGCGGCUCCUACGUCACCCUCCUCUCUAAGAUCAUCGGCGAGGCCCGCCACGUCCAGAACAAUCCCCCGGAUUUGAUCCCCAAGGAGGACCGCGUCGCCCGCCACGUCCUCGACUCCCUCCUCCCCCUCAGCACCUCCACCGGCGGCGGCCCCCUCGUCGUCUCCCACAUCGCCUACGCUGAGGGCCGCGGCAACGUCAUCGUCGAGUACCCUGGCUCCGACCCUGCCCGCAUCAUCUCCUUCGUUGGCUGCCACAUGGACGUCGUCACUGCCGAUCCCACCGACUGGGAGUUCGAUCCCUUUUCACUGAGCGUGGAUGGGGAUAAGCUUCGGGGCCGGGGGACUACCGACUGCCUUGGGCACGUGGCGCUGGUGACGCAGCUGAUGCGAAGGCUUGGGGAGACGAAGCCUGAACUUAAGAACACUGUGGUGGCCGUGUUCAUUGCAAACGAGGAAAACUCGUCAGUGUUGGGGGUCGGUGUGGAUGCCCUGGUCAAAGAUGGGUUGCUUGAUAAGCUAAAGGCCGGACCUUUGUUCUGGAUCGAUACGGCAGAUAAGCAACCCUGUAUUGGUACUGGGGGAAUGAUAGCAUGGAGGCUGCGGGCUACUGGGAAACUUUUCCACAGUGGUCUCCCGCACAAGGCAAUCAAUCCAUUGGAGUUGGCCAUGGAAGCCUUUAAAGAGAUUCAGCUGAGAUUUUACAUGGACUUCCCUGCACAUCCCAAAGAAGAGGUUUAUGGAUUUGCCACACCUUCAACAAUGAAACCAACCCAAUGGAGUUAUCCUGGAGGUGGCAUCAAUCAGAUUCCAGCUGAAUGUACAAUAUCAGGAGAUGUGAGAUUAACUCCUUUCUACAGUGUUACAGAUGUCGUCAAGAAGUUAGAGGAAUAUGUAGACGAUAUAAAUGCCAACAUAGAGAAGUUGGGCACGCGUGGACCUGUUUCAAAAUAUGUUCUUCCAGAUGAAAAUUUGAGGGGAAGGCUUACAAUCACUUUUGACGAGGCUAUGACCUCCGGAGUUGCUUGUAAUCUUGAUUCUCGUGGAUUCCGUGUUUUGUGCAAAGCAACAGAGGAAGUACUUGGUCACGUGAAGCCUUACUCGAUAACUGGAAGUCUGCCCUUGAUUCGAGAAUUGCAGGAUGAAGGUUUUGAUGUUCAGACUUCUGGAUAUGGGAUAAUGGCUACAUACCAUGCCAGGAAUGAGUACUGCCUAUUUUCGGACAUGUGCCAGGGUUUUCAGGUGUUUGUGAGCAUCAUUUCCCAGUUGGAAGCAGAUAGUAAUUGACCAACAGACCCAUCUUCCCAAUGUAUUCAAGGUUUAUCAGUUGGAUAAUUGACUCAUUUUGGCACGAUAUUAAUCAGAUAGAAUGCUGCUUGAAUUAUGUUAUUAUCUGCUUAUAGGAUAAUUAACCUUCUUGCCUA